AUGCCAGGGUCAACAGACCUCCUCCUCCGCCGCGUCACCUCGGUGGCGCUGGCCGUCUUCUUCUUUUCCGUGUCGUCAGGCCGCUUCGCCCCCGUCUCGUGGCUCACCCAGUCCGACUGGGUCACGGUUCUGGACGGGCCCUGCCUGGCCGACCGGGUCAUCUCCCCCGUGCUGCUUGGCGGCGCCGCCAUCCUGCACUGGUACAUCGCCUCUCAGCGCACCGUCCUCCCGCUGACCAUCACCAUCCCGAACCCGGGCCACGACGUCGCCCGCGGAGCUGCCCCUGCCGCCACCGCCACCGCCAACACCCUCGUGCUCGGCCUGUGGCGGCCGGCAUACUAUUGGGCCCUGGCUGUCGCCGAAGCCGCCCUUCUGUACGCCGUCGCCUCCGCCAGCGCCAGCGUCUUCGCCACGAGAUGCGUCAUCGUCGCGCUCCUGACCGGGGUCUGGGUCCUCGGCUGGAACGCCCUGCCUUGGUACCGCAAGGAGCAGGCCUGGGCCAUGAUGAAGGAGUACGUCUUGCAGCUCAUCAUCAUGGAGAUGGUGAAUAUGGCCUUUGGGGGUGGGUCGGACCGGAGGAGGAGACGGAGGAGGUUCUAG